AUGUCAAUGAUUAAGGGAGGCGAAAACCUCUUUGGGAGUGACCUAGCGGUACACGGGGAUAGCCAAUGUAACAACGGGAAGGGCGUGGCUGCAUCAGGAGUUGCCUCUGACUUGGAAAAUAACUUAAAUGGACAGCUCAACAAACACCCAACAAUUGAUUCCCAGUCAAAAGUCGUCAGGAAAAUACCUUCGCAGCUCUUUAAACGAAAGCUGUGGAAUAUCGAAUCUGUCAGUUCGUCCAGUAGUACAGGAAACCCAAACGCUUCCUGCGGGAUUCCUUAUAACACUGGUAGAAGGCGAACCCCUUCAGCUCCUAGUAAAACCCCAACAACUCCCGUUGGUCAGACUGCUAUUCUUCGGCGAAAUAUUUUUCCUCAGUCGCUUGUUGACAACGAGGUGUGCCAGGCUCGUGCAAUGAUCCUUAUGGUGCAGGAGGAGUUAGUCAACACCGAAAACUCAUAUGUGCACAUACUAUCGCAGUUUCUUAUUUUGCGGGACGAGAUAUUUGCUCCUGGCUGGCGAAACGAUAGACAAAAGUUCAUACGACUCUUCCCUGCUGCAGUCGACGAUCUAUGCAACCUGCACAGGGAAUCAUUCGAAGCUAUGCGGAGGGCAUUUGACAGCUCUAUAAAUGAAGCCAGACCGUGGAAAGAAGGUUGGACUAAAGAUUACCUUCACCAGAUACCAACCUACAGGGAGGAGACUGGAGUUGGUGAAGGAGGGCGGUUUACGUGUAAUGCCACCCCCUUCACCGUCUUGCUGGAAAUGCUCGAGGGCAAAAGACCGCUGGGGUGUUACACCCACUCUAACUGCACCUCGUACUAUCGCAAUGCACCAUUCUGGUCUACUGCACCCUUCUUCAAACUUUACGCACGCUAUUUAGCCGAAUUCUCUAGUGCAAUGCACAUGCUAAACAAAAUGCGCCGCGGUUCGAGCAGAUUGAGAAAACAUCUUACGCAACUUCAAAUGCACCCUGCUUGUGAAUUCAAUGACAUUACGACCUAUUUGCUUGCACCUGUACAACGCCUUCCACGGUAUUUACUGCUUGUUAAAAAAAUGAUCUACUACACCCGAAAGCUUGAGCCAUCUGAUCUCAACACUGUUGCGAAACGCUCGCGCCCAAAGGUCGGUCUCCGGAGGACUGUGACACCAACCAACCACUUCACUACUUCUCUCAGGUUUCCGCAUCUAGACAGUCUCAGAAGAGCCGAGGCUGCGCUGCAUGGCAUGUUACUGGAGUUAGACGAGAUGAUCGGCUCCGAAGUGGCUGAUUUUAAGGCAGUUGGUCGUGACGUUACUGCCAUCGAUGGUGUCAAGGCUACUCCCUCAUAUUCAAACAACUGCUCUGAUAGCCUUGAUGGGAACAGCAGCCCCAACACGCUCAGCUUCAACACUCCAAUGCUCACUAAUACCGAAGAAAAAGCCAGUAAUGAUACAGAUGGUGCAUAUAUCGAAAAGAAGAAUACAGAAGGUGGUGGUUUCUGGAAGCGACUGAAAAGUUUGCGACUCACAUUCACGGCCAAGGAGGCCAAUCAAGAGAAGUUUUCAGGCAUUCUGGAUGACGUUGGCACGCUUGGCAGUCCCAUAACGCCAUGCGCAAACACUCUGCCGGUCCCAAAACCCACACCAGUGAGCUUGAGAGAAGGUUCACGACGUUCACUCUCACAGUCUCCUCGGACCCAAAGCACUGCUGCAGCACAGCGAGCUCAGCGUCUCGGGAUGAAGGACACUAACGGUUUAGAAAAAACUGGGGAACCUCGUAAGUUGGUCGACGUGUCUGAUCGUCACAGCACAAUUGCCAACACUACCGUCAAAUCGGACAGCGAUAGCGGCAUUAAUACACAGACGGAUGAGGAGCGCCACCUAUACCGCCGAUCCCUAUUCGAGCAACCAACAUACAGUGCAGGCCGGUCACGAUGGCACUCAAGGACACAGACACCAGUUGUAACUGCUGACUCCCAGAAAAAGUGGCAAAAGGAGAUGAGCCGCUCCGCAUCACCCACGCUGAGUUCUUCAUCUGUCUCCUGCACAUCGGAGUCCUCCUCGACAAGCUAUUCAUUGUCCAAUAUAGGCCCCAGCCUUCGUCGACGAAUGUCAGCUACUUUGGGUGAAGAAAACGCAAGUGAACACGUGCAGAAACCAAGCGCCCCAAACGCGCCGUCCCCAGGCCAAACACAGGAGGCCUUAAAAGUGGGAAACUGGGUUAACCAACACGAUGGUGAAGUUGAUAAAAAUGCGACUGGGAUAGAAAUUUUAAACGAAAAUAAGGAAGACAACGAUUACGAGGCAGACACCGGUGGUGGAACGGUGGAAAAAGUUCACAAACCCGCCUCGCCAGCAGAUGUCUGUGAAGAGGACAUGCAAACAGCAAUGUCACCGUUUGAACUGGAGCCGAUCAUUGGACGAAUCUGUCUGGAGGACUUGGAAGGAUAA